AUGGGGGCGACGGGGGGGAACUUGUUGAGGGGAUGCGGGCGGGGAGGGCUUGAGUCGCGGUGGCAGUAUUUAAUGAUCAGUGCGGGCCGUUGGUGCGGGGCUGGGCAGUUUCUUAUGUGCGCCCCAGCGGCAGCUGCAGAAACAUGUCCACGUAUUGUCCACGUGUUGUCCACGUGUUAUCCACGUGUCCACGGUAUGUACGUGUACCUCCGCCAUACGCUGGUACACGUUUCCACGCGUCCACGUGUGUCCUUGGGGCGGAAGCUUCCAGAACCCUCCCCGCGCCCCAUUCGCCCACUUGUCCGCGCGCCGCCCCGCGCCGCCCGGCACCCCACGUCUUUCGCCGCACCGUCGCGAGCUCGCUGCACAAAUCCACCCGCCUGCCUCCUUCUCCCCCCCACCUUCGCCCCUUCAACCCUCCAUCUCCGCCCUCUUCACCCCACCCCCUCCGUCCCCCUUUCACUCUCCCCCAUCUCUUUCUCCUACUCACUCACUCACUCAUUCACUCUCACACACGCACACUCUCUCUCUCUCACACACUCACUCUCUCUGUGUCUCUUUCUCGCACACGACCAUGGCUCGCGCUUCCCCCGCCUUUUCGCUCGCGGCGCCGGUGACAGCACGCUCGUGGCGGGCAGCGGCGGCCGGGGGGUACGUUUCGGGGCGGUCGGUGGGGCGCGCGCCGGUGUGGCGCGCAGCUGCCAGUGGGCCGUGGGAGCGGGUACGGCGGGCCGUGCGGGUGUCUGCGUUGACGCUGGCGCUGGCGACGAGCGGGGUGUUGGGGCCGGUGGAGCGGGACGCACUGGCGGCGGGGGCGCCAGCGGCAGCGGUGAAGGACACGUCGGGGACAGGGGACGCGGAGGCGGCGGCGAUGACGCUGGGGGCGGUGACAAUCGGCGGGCUGGUGAUGCGGGCGAUCGUGCACGCCCGGCGCGACGAGGACAGCGAGCGCGAGAGGCUGGCGGCCGAGUGCGGGCGGCUGGAGAGGGAGGAGGGCGAGCGCAUGCGCAGGAGGGAGCGCAAGAAGAUGGAGAUGGUGGAGGGGACCGUGGUUAA